AUGCAUGAACACACUGAACAGGAUCAGUCCAUCCGUUGGGAUGUUGUCUCGGUGAUCGCGGUGAUUUCUGCCGUGGGGGUGCUUGGGUUCAAGCUGCUGUGGAUGAUCGAGGGAUACCGAAACUUCAUUUGGUCGCUUCCGAUCGAUGUCCAGUUUCUGGUGCAUCCGGCUCUACGGAUGCUGAUCGUGCUGAUCGGGGUGCUCAUUGUAUUUCGCAUGUCUCGGGGGAAUGACGAGCCGACGAUGGGACUGGGUGUGGGCUGGGCGCGUACGAUCAAGGGGGCUGCGAUCGGGUUCGGAUGCACGCUCCCGAUGUUGUUGCUUGGGCUCUGGAGCGAUUCGUUUUCUGUUACGAGAUACGGGGUUUUGUAUGGAUCGAUCUCUCCUGGAUUGACGGAGGAGAUUUUCUACAGGGCAUUCAUGUUUGGAUUGCUCGUGCAGGUGGCGCGGUGUCCGAUGUGGCCGACGGCGAUCUUGACGGGGGCGGUGUUUGGUUUGGCGCAUGUGGACAUCACUCCGGACGAGGGGCAGACGAUCAUCGGGCAGCUCGGGUUCUGGAUCGCGAUGAUCGGGGUGGGGGGGAUGAUGUACGCGUGGAUCUACUGGUUGUCGCGAUGGAACCUGUGGAUCGUGAUCGCGUUGCAUGCCGGGAUGAAUCUGUGGUGGGAUAUGUUCGAGAUGAACAGCACUCCGCUGGGAGGAUGGGGGGCGACGGGUGUUCGUGUACUGAGCGUUGGGCUGGUGGUGUUGAUUGUCAUGCGAUCGCGCGGGAUGGGAUCACCUCAGCGAUCUACGAUCGAGCGCUGGGUGCAGUUCGCGCAGGGCGCGUUGGCGCUCCCUGACGAUGUGGAGGGUGAUCGCUGGCGUGCGUGCGUCGCGCCGUCGAUUGGGCUGCAUGCGAUCGCGAUGGCGCUUGGGGAGCUUCACAAGAUUGAUCCGAGCGAACGCCCGCUCGCGAUGGACAAAGCGGAGAUCGGGAUCAAGCAGCACGCCGGGGAGAUCAACUCGGCGUGGGCCGCCGAACCAAUGCCCGAAUCUCUGAUGGAACUGAUCGAGGACGCGAAAUCCGCGUGGGAGGAUUCGCUUCAUGAGGGGGUCGUCUGGCGCUGCAAAUCCGAGCGGUUCACCACUCGGCAUCCCGGCGAGAUCGGUCUUGCGAUGCGAGAAGCGGGGUUUAUGGGGGAGAUCUUCGUCGCGGCGCCUGGAGUCGAGAUGUUCAAGGAUGUGCCGGUCGCGUGGUGCCGGGACCAGUCGGGGGGGAUGCCGGACGAGCAGGUGGUGGAGUUUGUCGACGGUUUCCUCGAGACUUGCACCGGGAAGGUGGAGCGUCCCGAGAUCAUGCGUCCGCUCCAUCAGGUGUAUCGGCAGAUGGACUUCCUUUCCGGCUCGAUGCACGAUUUGGUCGCGCCGGUGACUGGGGAUCUCCCGGCGGGGCAGCCGUUGCUGGUUCCUGUGGUGGUGGGGGGCGAGGUGUGCUCCGUGUCGCUUCCACCCAAAUCGGGCAAGCCGAUGGAUCCGAUCGAGGUAAAGUGGUCAACUAUCGCGGCGGACGAGGCGGAAAACUAG